AUGUUUCGCUGCAUCCCGACAAAGACUGGUUUCGCCCAAGAGCGAUGUCUCGCACUCACUCGUCUCGUUGAAGCUUAUUUCAACUUUCCAAAUCUCAGAAGACGUCCUAGUCAAUUCGCCCCCCCGGUCAAUGCAAUUCCUGUAUUUGACUAUUCCAGAUGUGAACCCAAGCCUGAAUUGGUCUACACUAGAACAGAAGAGGAAGCCAAUAUCCAACUCACAAGACUUGUUGGUCCUGUUUUAGGAUUCGAUGUGGAGUAUGUCCAACUUCCGGAUUACUGCGAUCAACAUCCUGCUUUACUUCAAUUCUGCGAUGAACACUUGAUCGUCUUGGUCCAACUUCCUAUCUUCCAGGACAGAAACACGCCAAUUCCAUCCAAAGCUAUCGAGAUUUUGUGCGACAAAUCGAUUUAUAAAACAGGUGCCAACAUCUACUCAGAUAUCAUCAGAUUGGUCAACAUGUAUCAUGGCCAGUUUCGUCCUCCUCGAAUGUUAUCGAAUCAUUUGCCAGUCUGUUCAGUCAUGGACGACACCCCAGUUGAGGAAGGCGAUAGGAUCAUGAUAGAGGAGGCGAAGAGACCCAGAGCACAUGUUCCGGUCUGCCUUCUGGAAUUAGCCUGUUUAGCUGCCAAUUACUACAAUCCCUUCAGCUCUUGGAGAGGAUUGCAGAUUAGCUUGAAAGCUUUAUGUGCCAGACAUAUAGGCAAGAGGUUAAGGAAAGGAGGCAAUUGCCAUCAAGGGCAAUGGACGGACAGCCUAACUAAAAAACAAAAGAAUUACGCCGCCAACGACGUUUACGCUUCUUUUCUCAUUUACUCGGAGCUCAAGAAGGUUUCAAUGCAGAAAGGCUGCCCUUUCGACCUUCACAAAGCUUCUAAGGAGCUUCCUUUUUGCUACACCAUGCCAAAAGAAGAUGGGUGUCUUUCUCGGUCUCCUACAUCUAGCCACCGAAUAUGUGAUCGAAAUUUGCCUAUCGAAAUCCUUCGCGAUGAAUUGAACCUGAAUAAAAUGCUAAGAGGCGAAAACAGCAGUACCUGGCUAUUUCGAGGAUCUGUCUGUUUCACACUAAUGUAA